AUGACAACACCGAACCGUGACCCUCCGACCACCUCUUCUCCCUCGCCCGGGGGGUCCUCGCGCUCGAGCAUGGACGCGACUUCGCCUCCCAGCCGAACUUCCUCUCUCCGAAUACCGUCUUUGCCCAGCGCCGCAGCCCAACACCGCCAGAGCUUCAACGAACUCAGAGGACAUCCUUCGUCUCCUCGCUCUUCGAGACAACCUUCCGUUUCAUCCAUGGCGGUACAAGACCUCAUAGACAACCCUCCGGCAAAACAGCCCGAUCCUCGAUUCGCCGGGCGUGACUGGACAACUGUAAAGGUAGAAGAGUUGGUGAGCGCAGACGAUCUGAGGUUCGUGGACAGUGAAACCGGUGUCGAGGCAGCUACAAAGGUCCUUGUCGAAUCUGGUGGCCCAGUCGUCCUCAUUCGCGAACAGCCCGGAUCCCCUGUGAUUGGAACCUACGACUAUGGUGAUUUAAAUGCCUACCUGCUGCUGGUGGUCGGACUCGCCCACCCAGAUGAUGAGCACGCCGAGGACUUUGAGCAAGUGGCUCAGCGGGCCAGAGAAGGAAAGCCCAUUCACCUACGAGACAUCAAGGACAUCAGCAAGAAGGAGCCGUUGACAUUCUUGAGCAAGGAUGCCAAUCUAUUGCAGGCCAUUGAGACAUUUGGCAAAGGUGUUCACCGUGUUGUCGUGGUCGACGAAGCGACAAACGAAACGGUCGGAGUGCUCAGCCAGACUAUGCUGAUCCGAUUCCUGUGGGAGAAUGGUAGGAGCUUUCCCGUGCUGGAGCAACUCUUCACUCAGCACCUGCGUGAUCUCAAAAUUGGCUCCAACGAUGUGGUAGCAAUCAACGGCGACCGUCCCCUUGCGGAAGCGCUCACACUUCUCCUCAACGAAGGAGUGUCCUCUCUCCCAGUUCUCGACCACAACCACAACGUUAUCGGCAACAUUUCGAAUGUCGAUGUGAGACUCCUCACCAAAUCAUCCUCGCUCCCUCUCCUGAAAAACACCUGCAUCCACUUCAUCUCCGUCAUCUUGUCCACCCGUGGCAUGUUCGAGGGCAAAGACUCCUUCCCGGUUUUCCAUGUCACUCCCCUCUCGACACUCGCACACACGGUGGCCAAACUUGUCGCGACAAAGUCUCACCGGAUGUGGGUCACGGAACCGGUGUCGCCGAGCUCAUCUGGGCCACCAACUCCUGCCUUACACACAGCGACACUCGCUCCAACUUUGAGUCAUUCCUCCUCGACUACGGGAUCUUCGUACGCGACCCCUCCACAGGCGACAUCUACACCCCCCACCGAUCCCGCGGGCAGCACAGUAGUCGAUCACUCUCCGAAAGCGCCCUUCAUCGCGCCAUCGGGCCCCAGCAUCUCCGCUUCGGCGCUGCCAGGAGCCCGCAUCUCAGGCCGCUUGGUCGGCGUGGUGAGUCUGACGGAUAUUCUGGUCCUCUUCGCUCGCGCCGGCGGUCUUACCAAUGUCGCGGACCCCAACGAGCUACGCAUGCGACGGAGACGGAGCAGUUCGAGUAGCGUGCGCAAGAGUUUCGACAACGGCUCCCGACCUCCUGUCCAAGGUUCGAAUCUAAGGCCGUCGACCGAUUCAGCCCGCAAGCCUACCGGGUGA